AUGUUCGUUGCCCCUCCUGCGCUGCAUACGUAUGGGCAGGACCAUGGGAAUACUGGGCAUCGAAUUUUGUUUCAGAUGCCACCUGGUUUGCAUAGCUUCGUGCUUGCAAUGCGCAAGGGCGUGUUUGGGGCGUUGCACCAGCUCAUGGACUUCCCUUCGAGGUUUGGAACCCAGUUUCGUAUCGAUACGCCAUCAAUACUGCUGAUGGCUGGUGAUUAUGGCGAUCAAUCCACCGCUGCUGGGAAAGACGAUGCCGCAAAUACUGGUGCUGCACUGGGGCCUAUGCCUAGGGGCGGUAGGGCUGGCGCGUGCGGCCCCGAGUGGUGUGUUCCGAGGUUGGCGUACAGGAGUGCGCGGGUGCAAAAUACGACCCCUGUGUGCAGCCAACUGACAAACGGGCCCAGUCGCUACCGAUGGUGUUGUGCCGGCCUUGCUGACAGUGCAAGCUGCACAUUCACUGCCAGCCAUCCGGGCGCAGGGUUGCACAGUACCACCGCGCCCGCCGAUGGCAGGCACUGGCGUGCAAAUGAUCGUGGCAACUUGUGGGGACUGUACGCCGGGCACGCGCUGGAAGGGUGA